UCCACUCCCACCUCAACCAUCAGUUCCCUACACACGGUAACUGACUACUCCACUCCCACCUCAACCCCCAACUCCACUCCCACCAUGACCGACAACUCCACUCCCAACUCAAGCCCCAGCUACACUCCCACCACGACUAACAACUCCACUCCCACUUCAACGCCCACGUCCACUCCCAAUAUGACCAACAACUCCACUCCCACCUCAACCCUCAGCUCCACUCCCACCUCAAUCCCCAGUUCCACUCCUGCCACAACCAACAACUCCACUCCCACCUCAACCCCCAGCUCCACUCCCACCACGACCGACAACUCCACUCCCAACUCAAGCCCCAGCUCCACUUCCACCACAACUGACAACUCCACUCCCACCUCAAGCCCCAUCAUCACGCCCACCACGACCAACAAUUCCACUCCAGCCUCAACCACCAGCUCCCCCCACACUGUAACCGACAAUUCCACUCCCACAUCAACCCCCAGUUCCACUCCCAUCAUGACCGACAAUUCCACUCCCACCUCAAGCCCCAGCACCACUCCCACCACGACCAACAAUUCCACUUCAGCCUCAACCACCAGCUUCCCCCACACUGUAACCGACAACUCCACUCCCACUCCAACCCCCAGUUCCACUCCUACCACGACUGACAAUGCCACUCGCACCUCAACCCCCAGCUCCACUCCCUCCACAACCGACAAUUCCACUCCCACCUCAACUCCCAGUUCCAUUCCCACCACGAUCUACAACUCCACUCCCACCUCAACCCCCAGCUCCAGUCCCACCAUGACCGACAACUCCACUCCCACCUCAAACCCCAGUUCCACUCCCACUAUGACCGACAACUCCACUCCCACCUCAACCCUCAGCUCCACUCCCACCUCAACCCCCAGCUCCACCCCAACCAUGACCGAAAACUCCACUCCCACUUCAACCACCAGCUCCCCCCACACCAUAACUGACAACUCCACUCCCACCUCAAACCCCAGCUCCACUUCUACCUCAACCCCCAGCUCCACACCCCCCAUGUCUGACAACUCCACUCCCAACUCAACCCCCAGCUCCACUCCCACCUCAACCACCAGCUCCAGUCCCACCAUGACCAACAACUCCACUCCCAGCUCAAACCCCAGCUCCAGUCCCACCACGACCGAAAACUCCACUUCCACCUCAACCCUCAGCUCCACUCCCACCUCAACCACCAGCUCCAGUCCCACCAUGACCGACAACUCCACUCCCAGCUCAAACCCCAGUUCCACUCCCACCACGACCAAAAACUCCACUCCCACCUCAACCCUCAGCUCCACUCCCACCUCAACCACCAGCUCCCCCCACAGCAUAACUGACAACUCCACUCCUACCUCAACCCCCAACUCCACUCCCACCAUGACCAAAAUCUCCACUCCCUCCUCAACCUUCAGCUCCACUCCCACCAUGAUCGACAAUUCCCCUCCCACCUCAACCCCCAGUUUCACUCCCACCACGACCGACAAUUCCACUCCCAUUUCAACCAUCAGCUCCCUCCACACUGUAACUGACAACUCCACUCCCACCUCAACUACCAGCUUCCCCCACACUGUAACCGACAACUCCACUCCCACGUCAACCACCAGCUCCCCUCACACUAUAACCGACAUCUCCACCUCCACCUCAACCCCCAGCUCCACUCCCACCAUGACCGACAAUUCCACUCCUGCCUCAACCACCAGGUCCCCCCACACUGUAACCGACAACUCCACUCCCACCUCAACCCCCAGCUCCACUUCCACCACGACCGACAACUCCACUCCCACCUCAACCCCCAUAUCCACUCCUACCAGAACCGACAACUCCAUCUCAACCAGUGCCACAACCCCCAGUUCCACGUCCGCCGUGACCCCUAAUUCCACUGCAAUCAUGAACCCCAUCUCACCUGACACUUCAAUCCUCAGCUCCACUCCCACCAUGAUCGUCAACUCCACUCCCACCUCAAGCCUCAGCUCCACUUCCACCAUGACCGAGAACUCCACUCCCACUUCAACCCCCAGUUCCAUCCCCACCACGACCGACAACUCCACUCCCACGUCCUCCACCCCUAGCUCCACAGGCACCUCACUCCCCAAUUCUGCUGCCACCUCGACCCCCAGCUCUGGUGCCACCUCGACCUCCAGCUCCACUCUCACUGGGACCCCCAGCUCCACAGGCACCUCACCCCCCAGUUCUGCUGCCACCACGACCCCCAGCUCCACAGGCACCUCGACCCCCAAUUCUGCUGCCACUUCGACCCCCAGCUCUGCUUCCACCACGACCCCCAGCUCUGCUGCCACCUCGACCUCCAGCUCCACUCUCCCUGGGAUCCCCAGCUCCACAGGCACCUCACCCCCUAGUUCUGCUGCCACCUUGACCCCCAGCUCUGCUGCCACCUCGACCCCCAAUUCUGCUGCCACCUCGACCCACAGCUCCACAGGCACCUCGACCCCCAAUUCUGCUGCCACCUCAACCCCCAGCUCCACUCCCACCAUGAACCCGAAUUUUGCUGCCACCUCGACCCCCAGCUCCACUCCCACCAUGACCCCGAAUUCUGCUGCCACUUUGACCCCCAGCUCCACAGGCACCUCAACCCCCAAUUCUGCAGCCACUUUGACCCCCAGCUCCACAGGCACCUCGUCCCCCUAUUCUGCUGCCACCUCGACCCUCAGUUCUGCUGCCACCUCGACCUCCAGCUCCACUCUCCCUGGGAUCCCCAGCUCCACAGGCACCUCACCGCCCAGUUCUGCUGCCACCUUGACCCCCAGCUUUGCUGCCACCUCGACCCCCUAUUCUGCUGCCACCUCAACCCACAGCUCCACAGGCACCUUGACCCCCAAUUCUGCUGCCACUUCGAGCCCCAGCUCCACUCCCACCAUGAACCCGAAUUCUGCUGCCACCUCGACCCCCAGCUCCACAGGCACCUCACCCCCCAAUUCUGCUGCCACCUUGACCCCCAGCUCUGCUUCCAGAGCUACUAGCUCUGCUACAAUCUCUCCACAAUCUACAUCCAAGAAUAUUGGGCAUCCUACUUCUUCUGGGUCUCCUGCAGUCUCACCCACCCCAGCUGUCAUCAGCUCUGCAAGUUCACCUAGCUCCAGCGCUUCUGGCAUCCCAGCCUCAUCUGCUCCCACCCGGGGUUCCAUCCCAACUAGCGGAGAUACGACUUCUUCUGACCUUCCUGGGACUGGAUCAGCCACCUCUCCCCGUCUACCUGAAUCCACGACACCUUCAGGGUCUGGCGCUACCACUUCAUUGCUUGGGCCCGUUCCUGUCACCUCACAGACCACGGCCUCUCCGGAUAGCAGCGCCUUCCCCUACUGGGCCAUCAUCCUCAUCUGCCUGGCCGCACUGAGCUUGCUGAGCUUCUGCUCUCUGCUGGCGUUUUUCCUAAAGUCGAGGCUGGCUGGUGCCACCUCCUACUCUGUCCAUAUGGCUCAUCAGUUCCUCCAGAACCAGAGCUGAUGCGAUCACAGCUGAGGGAAGAAUGGGCUACCCAGAACCUCCGCCUACAGCCACCCAUAAUGGGGCUGCUCCGAUCCGGCACUCCUGGGCUAACCCAGAGUCACUAUAGUCAGUAUUGAGUCAAGAAAGCCAGUAUUAACCCUUAGCUGCCAGAUGAACAUAGGCUGCCCUCUGGGGGGGCAGCGUGUGGAUGGGACUUUGGUCCCCUUCCGGGGGCAGGGAACUCAGAUAGGUGGAAUCUGCACUGAGAACCCAGACAUUGUAUGUUUGGCUACAUCCAUUGGGUGGAACCCAGAAGAAAGAAACAGGAACACUAAAAGGAGAUGGAUGGCUAUCGAAUGGGCUGGAUGGUGGUGGGAUUGUCCAGUGGUUAGAGCACAGGACUCCUGGCUUCUGUCUCCAGUUGUGGAAGUGAAGUGGGGUCCAGUAGGUUAGAGCAGGUGGAGCUGGGAGCCAGGACACCCAGGUUCUAUUCCUCCUCCUGCUGACUGCACAGCAUCUAUUUAACAAAUAUUUUUUUGCUGGUCUGCACUGCUGUAUUUGGCUGACUUAGACUGUGACCUCUUCAGGCCAGGUCCUAUCUCUCCCUGUGUGUCUGGGCAGUGCCCAACACAAGGGGGCCCUAAUCUCAGCUGGGGCAGGG